GUCACUCCGGCGGCAAUGACGGCGUGUAGUUCAAAAUUUGUAGUCAUUGCUAACUGUUUUUUUCUUCUUGGAAUUAAAUACGUCGAAGCGAAGAAAGAACAAAAACACCCUCCUCCUAUAGUAUUUCCGCAAGCGAAUGAUGGAAGAGGAUUUGGGCCUCAAUAUCAGUGGCUAGAUUUGGAAAAGGCAAUAGAAGUUUCAAGAUUGACCCAGAAACCAAUUAUGGUUAUUAUUCAUAAAUCAUGGUGUACAGCAUGCUCAGCUUUGAAACCUCAGUUUGCAGAGUCCAAAGAAAUAGAAGAAUUGAGCAGCAAUUUUGUGAUGGUAAAUGUUGGUGAUGAUGAUAAAGUGGUAGGCAGUUCAUUUGCCCCAGAUGGAGAAUAUAUUCCACGCAUCAUUUUCAUGAGUCCAGAUGGUGAAGUGAGGCCAGAGUUUUAUAAUGAGGGAGGCAGUGAAGCAUAUAAGUAUUUCUAUUCUGAUAUUUCGAAUAUAAUAACUACAAUGAAGAAAGUCCAGAGGGCAUAUAAAAAGAAACUCAAAUCAAAAGACACGCAAGAACUUUAAGAAGGAUGCAUGAUGCUUCUUUUCUAGUCACAUAUAUAUAUUUAUCACAGAAGCUUGAGAUUUCUAUGAAUUAUUUAGGUACUCAUGCACUGUUUUGUGAAAAUAUUGUAGUUAAUUCUCUUGUCAUUUUGUAUCAUUAAAAUAUAUAUAUUUUGAAAUUU